AUGAUUAAUAUUUCUUCACGCGCUAUCAACGAGCCGUGCAAACGUAUAAAGAAUCAAAUGGCAACGGAACAAGAAUCUUUAAACGAUGCUCAACUUGAUAAUAUAACGGAUAUAGCCUUUUCUCUCGCAGAAAAUCGAUUCAUAACAUCCUUCGCAUGUGGAUUUACUACUCACUCGAUUGUCAUUGAAAACGACGACAAAUAUCGAAUUGGAAAAGACCAAUAUCGAAACAAGAAAAGAGAUAACGAACACCGAAUUGGAUACAUGACUUUUCCACCUGUAAGAAUUCCAGAAGGCGAGAAUGGGCUCAAAAUAGCACGUGGACCAGCAGUAGACUAUAAAUGUAAUGGCAUGAAGCCUGGUCCAGUUCAUUCGCAAUUUACUGGCAAGGAAAGAGACAACGAAUAUCGAAUUGGAAAACCUAUAAAUCCUUUUCUCCUUUUCAGGAGUACGGUGUCUCGUGCAUUGGCCAACAAAUGCUCGCAAUGUGAUAACGAAACUUGCUUAUUGCGUAAAAUUAACGCUACAAAUCUUACUCGUUUGACAUGGCAUGUGUGGCGCGCCAUGACAGAUGAAGUGAAAUUUUGUUUAAUGAAAAUUGUCAACCAAGCGAGCGUCAUAUCUGGAAGGAGAUUUUGUGCUAUGGAAAUGCAACAACAGUGUUCUGGACGGAGAUUUUGUGCUAUGGAAAUGCAACAGUAUGUUGAUUUCAUGAUGUACAAGAUACAAAAGAGCAAAAGCAGCCAUGCGAGAAAGCGCUAUCCAAGCGGAAACCAGGAGGGACCAUCAGAGAAAAAACCCUUCAAGUAA